CAACUAAAAUCUACCUAGUAGAGUAUUAUUUAGAUACCAUUGAGUAAUUGAUACUUUCAAUCUAAUCAUCUAGAGGUAGAUAAGCCUAUCGCCAUAUCCUGUUUUAGUAAUUAAUCGAAGCCUUUCGUUUCCCUGAAACGAGGAAAUACAAUUUGUUCUGUGCCCGAAAUAACCUCAUUUCCUCAUAUAUAACGUCAUUUUCAUGAAAGUUAUAAAUUUUUAAGGUUGUUUAUUUUUAUUGAUUCAGCAUGACACUGAUUGAUCCCGAGGAAUUCAAAAACGUUAGCGAAGGGGAUUCUAAUUAUUCUACAAUAAAACUGAAAACUCCAAAACGGGUAUUACAUUUUUGCGAUGGAGUACUAGAAGAAUACAGCGAUGAUGAGAUUGACAGUUCUCCUGCUCAAACUACAACUACUGUUGAUGUGAGCACUUUAUCCUGGGUUCCAUGGGCUCAAUAUAAAAUAUGGGCUGUGGGACACACUACAUUCAGUUAUAUGGAAACCAUGGGUGAAUAUUUAGCUGCUUUCUUUGGCAUUACAACACCUAAAUACUAUUUUGAACUCGAGGAAUAUAAGAGGAGACAAAAUGAAGAAGCAACCCAGAAACAAGGAUGGUCCGAGCUAGGUACCAAGGAUAUGGGAUUUAGUGAUAUUCGUGUAUCACAGCCAACAUCCAGUUCAGUUGUAUGAUGAUUGGAAUUACGUUCUAAUAUAUUGUUAUGGAAUUCUUGAAUAUUUAUUUAGGAAUUCUUGAUUUUUAUUAACUAUAUUUAUAUUUUAUAAAUUUAUUGCUUCUGUUUCUGACACAAGAAAUUUCCAUCUUUUGCGCUCGAUACAUUUUGAUGAUUUAUAUAUAUUCAUUUUCCAAAUACAUAUUGGAAUGAAACACAAUGAUUGAAGAUUAGUAUUAAUUACACUCUGGUGCUUCAUUAUGUCACGAUGUUUUUCUUUAAAAAAGGCAGCAAUUUAUCAAAAUAUUCAAUCACAAUCUGCUAAAGCAUGUCGUUAGAGUAGUUUAUUAUAAUAAAAACUCCAUUAUAUUAAGAUUAUAAAAAUCUUGUCUCUUGAUGUGUUUCAAUGUUUUGAAAGGAAUUAAUUGAAGAAUUACUGGUUAUUUGGUUUGUACAAAAUUUUAUACAUUUUGAAAUAAAAUAUCCCAAAUCAA